AUGGGCAAGGACGACAAAUCCAAACCCGCAGAAUCCUCCAACCUAGCCUCCUCCGCCAUAACAGGCGUAACAGGCACAGUCGGCGCAGUAGUAGGCGGUGUAACACGCACAACAGGCGGCCUCGUCGGCGCCACGGGCCGGGGCCUCGGCGGCACAAUCAACAACGCCUCCGGCACCAAACCCUUCGGCAACGCCCUGCAGGCCGUGACGGACGGCGUCGAGUACGGCGUGCAGGCGGUGAGUCGUGGGAUUGAGGAUGGGAGUCGUGGCAAGAGGCCGGGCAGUACGGAUAGUGAGUGGGAUCAUCGGUAG